AUGUCCAAGGAAUUUAUUGCAUUAAGUGUGGCUACUGGAGCCGCCACCUUGGCAAAGGCUGAGCGUGAUUGGGCGCGUCAGCAGAUCCGUUCCUUCAAACAAGGAAAUAUGAGGACAGAUGAUUAUAUUACCCGGUUCCUGGCCCUCUCUAUCCAAGGAGGGCUUAGUAAUGAACAUGCAGUAGAACUGCUGGAACACAAUGAUACACAAAGCAACAACCUGGCGCUGGUGGCUGAGGGAGUUUGCCGAGUUGGUAGAGCCCUGGAGCUCUAUGUAAUGCAUCAAGGUGGUGGGCCCACCACCAAAAACAACCUAUCCCAGAGGCGCCCUGGGUCAUCAAACCACCAUAAUCACUCUCACGGAUUCAAGCUGUUCAGGCUGCAGCCAGGAAAGGGUGCUCCUAUGGAUAUCGGUGCGGUCCAAGGCGGACAGAUGCACAGAUUCAAGGGCAACUUUUACAACUGUGGCCAAGAGGGGCACAUAUCCCGAGAUUGCAGAAACGGGGCGCAGGCCGCCCAACAAAAAAAUAACCAAGGGCGCCAAUUAGAAACUGAAAAACCAGAUAAUUGGCUCAAUACUCUGGCCGGUUGUUUGUACGACAAGAUCCAGGCCUUUUUCUAUGACCAGCAGGUCAACAAGAUGAAGGCUCAUGGAAAAGAGUUUGGAGCUUAG